CGGGCCGUCAGGGGCGGGGCGCUUGGAUCCAAACCCUAGGAUCUGCUGGCCGGAGGCGGGCGGGCAACGCCAGGGAAGAAGGAGGUUGUCCGGUUCCCGAUCACACGCCGAGCGUUUCGUAGGCGUCGGACCCCACGCCACAGCAGCUGAGCACCGCGCCCCGGCGGGAACCCGGCCUCCGCGGGACCUGCGCGGACCGGAGCUACGAGUUCGUCCGCAGGGAGGAGGUUGGCGGCCGAGGGUGCCGCUUUCCCUGAUUCCUGUCCCCGGUGGUCCUGGGUCGAGCGCUGCUCACUUCCGACCCUGAGAAGUGAUUAAAAUGGCUUCCAGAGGAAAGACAGAGACAAGCAAAUUAAAGCAGAAUUUAGAAGAACAGUUGGAUAGACUGAUGCAGCAAUUACAAGAUCUGGAGGAAUGCAGAGAGGAGCUUGACACCGACGAAUAUGAAGAAACUAAAAGGGAAACACUGGAGCAGCUGCGUGAAUUCAGUGACUCCCUAAAGAAGAUUAUGUCGGGAAAUAUGACCUUGGUCGAUGAGCUCAGCGGCAUGCAGCUGGCUAUUCAGGCGGCUAUCAGUCAGGCCUUUAAAACACCGGAAGUUAUCAGAUUGUUUGCAAAGAAACAACCAGGUCAACUUCGGACAAGGUUAGCAGAGAUGGACAGAGAUCUGAUGGUGGGGAAGCUGGAAAGAGACCUGUACACGCAGCAGAAAGUGGAGAUUCUCACCGCUCUCAGGAAGCUCGGAGAAAAGCUGACCGACGAUGACGAGGCCUUCCUGACAGCCAAUGCAGGUGCUGCGCUCAGCCAGUUUGAGAAAGUCUCCACAGACCUAGGCUCUGGAGAUAAAGUCCUUGCUCUGGCAGGUUUUGAGGUUGAAAAAGCCAAGAAAUGACAUUGCGGCGGCUUGGCGCCACCAGCCCCAUCGUAGCUGCACAUGGUGCUUUCAUCCUGAGGACUUGGAGAUUCUCACAAUGCCCAAGAGCAGGUGACGCGGAAACAGUGUGGCUUCUGUUAGGUCCUUCAUCCUAGAAGGUCCUUGUCCUUCUCUGUAUGGGGCUACCUUCAAUGACCCUGGGCUUGUUGACACACAGGACCUGCUGGACUCUUUCUGAUGGUUCCAUCUAUUACGACGCCUUGUGUUUAGUGCUGAUAGUGAAAGCUGUGAGCUAGUGAUUGUCUUGAUUCUCGUCUGCACGCCUUGAGGAGACUGGUACGGUGAUGUCACUAGCCCUCCUGUGUCUGUAGACUUUUAGAAACCUUUUCAUUUUCCCACAAGGAAACCAAGACACAGAAGGAGCAUGUGAUCUGUCUAAAGUCACAUUAGGGACAGAGCUAUGGCUCUGACUCAGGUGUCUUGACCCCUGGUUUUAUUUUUUUAUUCUAUACUGUUUCAGUUUUUUUGUUUUUGUUUUUUUGUUUUAAUAAUUAACUUGUAUUUGUGCAAGUUGGCGUCUAUGAAAAUUCCGUGUCCUAACCCAGAGUUGAGUGGACACUGAGGGGCUGUUCCCAGCCUGUGAUGGGCAGCAUGAAUGGGGCCCAUUGUAUCUCUGAAUUUCUAACAAGCAACAAUGGGAGGCCCUGUUGAGAGCCUCCUGAAGUAACUUAACCUCCUGCCUUGUCUCGGUGGGGAAGCAAUAGGAAACGGCAGCCGCAGGCUCUCUGAGUGUGACCUCUUGCCAACUCUGAGGGUGGUAACAGUAAGUUACUGUAAACUGUGCAGUUUGGGGGAAACACAAACCUAGUUUCUCCCUGAGAGCGGUGACUCUGCACGGGCAGCUGCACAGCCAUGUCCUUACAUGUACUUCCCAGGAGCCCUUUCUGUGUUUCUCACUGGUUUUUUGUUUUUGUUUUGGUUUGUUUUUUUGCACUUUCUACAAAUUAAAAACAUUUUUACUGCUUCUUAUAAGCUUAACUCCACUAGGUGCUGUGCUACCUGGACAAACUAGGGAACCUCAGCUAUGUAGAUGCCUUAUUUGGAACUUGUAAUGUCUUUGGGAUUAUUUUGAAAGGGGUGGGUCUCUGGGCCAACCAAAUGGCCCAGUAGGUACAGGUGCCUCCUGCCAAGCCUAGUAGCCCAAGUUUAAUCUCCAGAUCCACCUGGUAAAGGAAGAGAGCUGACUUUUACAAGUUCUUCUGACCUCCACAUAUGUGCCAUGUCCCAUAUGUGUGCACGCAUACACACACGUACCCACAUACACACUCAAUAAGUAAAAGAAAAAUUGUAAAGGGUUCUCUCUGGGUUGGAGUCCUAGGCUCAGACUCUUCUCUGGCCUCAGCCUCCCAAGAAGCCGUUUCUGUGGAUGAGUGCCACUGUGCCUCACCAACAGGCUGUCUCCGUUUGCUGUCUACUGACAUCAGUCACUGAAGGGCAGCACACCCAGAAAGGCUGAGCACCCGUUGUGACCUACGGUUUGUGUGUAGGGCACCACCGUUUUGUAGCAAUGAAGCUCAUGUUAACACGGAGGUCACUGUGUCAAGACGUAGACUCAGUAGCAGUACGUCCACAGUGCUGUGCAGUUCCCAGCCUAGUGCCAAGUCAUCCUUUUAUUCCAUCACCCCCCGCAGGAGAACCUUGUAAGCAAUCACUCCAAAAUGCCUUCCUCCCAGCCUUCCAGCAUCCGCUGGUCUGCUCUCCUGUCCCCUGACCUUAUCUCUCUGGAUAGUUCACAUGAAUGGAUGUGUGAUUAUGCACUUUGUGGCUUUGGUAUGUAUCUGGCUUCUUCACUUCAUACAAUAUUUUAUUGCUAACCCACAGUGUAACACACUUCAAUACUUCAUUUCUUUUUAAUGGCAGAAUAACACUUCUCUGUAUAAAUACUGCAUUUUGUUUAGCGUGUGUCUGAUGAGCAUCUGUGUUCUUUUUUUUUUUUUUUUUUUUU